CUAGUUUUUACUAGGGAGUGCUCCGUAAACAACAAUAAUAAUGCCUUCUUAUGUAUCGCGUUCAUAGAGUACGCUACAUAGUUAUGUGCAUGCACAUGGAUAUGAGAUGCUCGGCUCCGCCUAGCUGCAGACCGACAACUCAUCCGGCAACGCCCAAUUGCGGAUCGCUCCGGGCUCUAAAUCAACAUUGCAUCGCCACAAGCCCUCUUUGUUCCUGGACUUGUCUCAGCACAAAUCGCCGGGCUGUUUUAAAGCUGCGACCUCAGUGCGAUAGGCGCGGCCGAGCGGUGGAGACGUCUGCGCUGGCCGUUGCCGUGGCGACCGCGCUGGCUUCCUACUUGAGCUUCUAAGGGACCAUUUACUGCAGCUCAGCUGGCUUUUGAACUUGGAUCUGGAAUCCAUUCGUUCUUCACCACUUCAU